AUGGCCGCCACCGCCAGCCCGCAACAAACCCCCAACGUUCCCCACCACAACGCCUGGGAGUCGGCUCGCGAAUUUUUCCGCUUCUCGAUGCCCACCAAUAUCUUCCCGAAAGGUACGUUAGGGUUUAAAGUUAUCAAGAAAGUAGUUUUUAGUGAUGUAAAACUUGAAGAAAGUCAAUGAAAAUCUUGGAAAAAAAAAAUUUUUUUUUGAAUGAAAUUUAGUUCUUUUUUUUUCUCUAGUUCAUCGUACUCUACUCCAAAUUCCAAGCGAUAGAACUAAACGAGAAAAAAAAAUUUACAAGCAGAGAUAGUAGAUGCAAUGAAGAGACGCCAGAGAGUUAGGGAAAUACAUCUUUCCCUGGGAUCUCAUAACUAUCCUUACUGCCUCAUAAGUUUUCGAUUCCUUGAUUCAAAAAAGUUUUAAGAAAGUCAGAGACCAUCGGCGGCCCGAAGAGACGCCGGAUAGCUCAAUUUCCUUUUCUUCUCUGACUUCUCUUCAUUUUGCCUUUGAUCUCUGUUUUAUCAUUUUUGAACGUUGUCUCUAGCAUAUUUCUCACAAUUCAUUCGAUGCCACUCUCGCCACUAUUGUCAACUUUAGUGACCCCUAUAGGGGGAGGCAGAGUUGUCCCUAGAGUGGAACCUUUUAGGGUCUUUGAUAUUGGCUCUAGAGGGGUCCCUUUGGCGUUCCUAAGCCUAGGCGAAAAAAUUACUCUGUCGUCUCUGCAUGGCGACAUUAUUUCUCGCUGCGACCUCAAAGUUAUUUUCCAUCCAGCUUCUUAAAUUUCAUGCUCACUAACUUUAUACCGUUCAGAAUCCGAGAAAAAGCUCGCGACGCCUUCUCUUCAUCUGAAGCCGGCCGCGGCUGUCAACGCCGACUCCUUCUACAUGUACGCUUGCGGCUCCAUCAACAUGCCUUGA